AUGGCUCCUAAAAUCUCCGGAGGCAGCCCAAAGGAAUAUUCCGAGGAAAAGAUCACACGAAAGGAGAAGUACAAGUUGAUGAAGCCAAUUAUAGAGAAAAAGCGCCGAGAUCGCAUCAACAGCAGCAUUGGACAACUCAAGGCUUUACUGAGGGAAGAAUUUCAGAAUCAGGAGCCCAACAUGAAAAUGGAGAAAGCUGACAUCUUAGAGAUGACCGUGAAUUACCUGAAACUACACAACCAGAGAAUGUUCACAGUGACCUACAGCAAGAGCCUCACCCAGAAUUUUAAAGAGGGCUAUUCCCGCUGUCUGCAGGAGAUUCAGCAUUUCAGCUUCUCCCCAGAGGGCACAAGCGACGUGCAGAACAAACUGGUGACCCAUUUGCACAGAGCUCAGGAGCCGGCUAAGGGCCUGUGUUACCCACUUCCUCCCAUUCAUCUUCCAGUCUGUCAACCGGUAACCAAGCAAGAACUGAACCCCAGCGUCACAGCGCUCUGGAGACCCUGGUAGGGAGAGCUGAAAGGUGUUUGCUGU